GCCUAGGCAUUUAGGAGUACAGAAGAAAGAUUUUGUACUGUGGGGUUUCCAUGGACACAUCUGAUGUGACCAGCAUGGUGGGAGACAUGGAGGCUCAGAACAUGAAGCUGAAAAAAUCCCCUCCAUUCAGUCUUGAAAGGUUUCACAUUUCUGAAGAUUAUGGCUUUCUCCUUCCAGAUCCCCUGGAAGAACUUUCCAAUUACUACAAGCCCUGGAUGGAGAUAGCCAGCAAUUUGCCUCUCAUGAUUGAGAGUCAUCAGCUCCGAAUCAGAGUGGAUGUGAUGCCCCUACUAAGCUGUCACCUCCUGAAAGAUCGUAAAGAACAGUACUUGGCCCACUUGCUGCUUAGCUUUAUUACCAUGGGAUAUGUCUGGCAGGAAGGAGAGAACAACAUUCCUAAGGUUCUGCCGAGAAAUCUAGCCCUUCCCCUGGUGGAAGUCUCUCGAAGCUUGGGUCUGCCUCCUAUCCUGGUACAUUCAGAUUUAGUUCUGACGAACUGGAAGAAAAAGGAUCCGGAUGGACCACUGGAAAUCAGGAACCUGGACACCAUUGUCUCACUUCCAGGAGGUGAGAGCCUGAAGGGCUUUGUCCUAGUGACUCUUUUGGUGGAGAAGGCAGCAGUGCCUGGGAUUAAGGCACUGGCUCAGGCCAUAAAUUCAGUCCUCCAGUCCAGUGACGAUGACCUACUCCAGGCCUUGAAGAAGCUGAAGACAUCCAUUGCCGAGAUGACCAAAGCCUUGAGACAGAUGCAUGAUUACGUAGAUCCGGCUAUAUUUUAUGCAGCCAUCCGGAUUUUUCUGUCUGGCUGGAAGGAUAACCCAGCAAUUGCAGAAGGGUUGAUAUAUGAAGGAGUCUCAGAAGAGCCUUUGAAAUAUUCUGGAGGAAGUGCAGCUCAGAGCACAUCAUUUCAUGCAUUUGAUGAGUUAUUAGGUGUUUGUCAUAGCAAGGAAAGCACUACCUUCUUGCACGGAAUGCAGGAAUACAUGCCUCCUUCCCACAGGGCCUUCAUAGAGGAGGUCCGCUCUGCCCCUUCCCUGAGGGAGUACAUCUUGUCAUCUGGGAGCUGCCUACUGCGUGAAGCCUAUAACCAGUGUGUGGCCGCCCUGGCAGAGCUGAGGAGUUACCACAUCAGCAUCGUGGCCACGUACAUCCUCACAGGGGCAGCCAAGGCCAAAGAUGGGGGCCUGGGCCACCUUCCGGAACCACCUCAGGCACUGGCAGAGGUGGGGACAGGAGGAACAACUGUCUUCCGUUUUCUGAAAAGUGUCAGGGACACAACCCUGGCAAGAAUCAUUGACCAAAGUGAUUGAAUUUGUCCCAACUUCUGGUAGGCCAAAGGAAAGGCGGAGGGAGGAUCUUCCCUCCCUUUUUCCAUUUCUUGUCCAGCGCCUAAACUUGUCUCAUGCCCCUCUCCUCAAGUGGUUUGUCAGGAAUCCAGUGGGACCCUAUGUUCUGGGCUCCAUGGAACAUCCUGUCCUCCUUUGUGAAGAGCUGGUGCUCAUCAGAGAGAAGGAUUAGCAUUGCCCUUUGCCUAAGACACUGCCCUGUCUGGGUAGUGCUUAAUUAAUAGCAUAUUAUUUUGGACACAUCCCCAUUUAUAAGCAUAAAAUGGACAAUGUCUACUUUGUGCUGCCUGCAAAGCAAAUCUGCCCUCAGUCUAGAAUUCCAAACCAAAUAAAAUAUUGUGGGAUUGCCACAUUGACUAUUUCUUUACAAGAAAAAUCCAACAUUCAUUCAACAAACAAUCAAUGCCAUUACAGCAGUCACUUUAAAAUCCUAAAAUACAAGCUCCAAACUGGUGCAUUUUCGUCUUUGUUUUCCCAAUAUCUGUCACAGGGCCUUUCACAAAGUAACUGCUUAAUAAAAGAUUGCUGAAUUUUGAAUUAUUUAAACUUUGUCUAUUUCCCAGUGGCUGGCAUAGUGUUCUUCACACAACAGGUGCUCAACGAAAAUUUUUGAAUGAAUGAAUGAAUGCUAUGCAUAAUGCAUUAUGUCAGUCACUGGAGAGGAUGAAAAACUCUCAAAACUCAAUCCCUGACCUCAUAGAGCUUACUGUCUAGUGGAGAAAUGAAGAGAACAGCUCACACACAUAUGUAUGUAAGUAUUUAUGUAUGUAUGUAUGUAUGUAGUGUUUGCAAGUUUGGAAAGCCAUUUAUGUAUAUCCCAUUUGGGCUUCACAAUAAUCAUGGAAGGGCAGGUAGCACAUAUAAUAUUAUUCCCAUUUUACUGAUGAAGAAACUAAGUCUCAAAGAGACUCACAUCUUGCCCACAGUUAAUGUUAGAGUCACAGUUAGUGAGUAAUAUUUGAACCCAAGUCACUCCUGACUCCAAAUUCAGUGCUGUAUAUGUUAUGCCAUGCCGACAUAUACACAAAUCAUCAUAAUAAAAACUGUGUCAAAUUAGACUCCCA